UAUAAGCCUGAUUGUAUAAACACAUAAUCUUCGGUGCCUAUCCAUGAUUUAUUUCACAUUAUUCGUUCUGAUAAUUAGUAUUAGUUUCUCCUUAUUCUUUCGCUGGACUACAUUCAUUAAUGUUGUAAAACAAAUGAUGCAUAGUAUCGAAGAUCAUGUCUAUGUCUAUCAACUAUUCAAAGUUCCGGAAUUGAAUGAAAAUCUUCAAGAAAAUCAAUUUUACCGCAAGGUUUCAACUUAUGUCAACUCAUUAUCAUCAUCAAUUGAAGACUCAGAUUUCACUAAUUUAUUCUCUUCUGAAGGCAAAGAUAUCAUUCUGUAUUUGGAUGAUAAUCAAAUUGUCCACGACACAUUUCUCGGUGCCAGAAUUUCAUGGAAAUAUCAAGUACUAGUUGAAGAUGAUUAUCAAAAGAAGAAGACUUUUGUGUUAAAGAUGAAAAAAAGGGAUAAACGUAGAAUUCUCCAAUCUUAUCUCCAACAUAUUGAUACGGUCUCCGAUGAGAUCGAAGAGAGAUGCAGGAGAGAGCUUAAACUUUUCAUCAACACUGAAUCACAUCAGCAUCGACGGUGGAGAUCUACUCCCUUGGCUCAUCCGGCCACCCUCAAUACAAUUGUAAUGGAUUCAGAUCUCAAAAUCAGAAUUAUGUCUGAUCUUGAAUCAUUUCUAGAAUCCAAAGAGUAUUAUCAUCGAUUAGGCCGUGUUUGGAAGAGAAGUUAUCUUCUAUACGGGCCUUCUGGUACAGGAAAAUCUAGUUUUGUCGCUGCUAUGGCUAAAUCAUUAAAUUACGAUGUCUAUGACGUUGACCUCUCUAAUGUGUCUGACGAUUCAGAUCUCAAAAUGCUUCUAGUACAAACACGACGAAAGUCACUGAUUGUGGUUGAAGAUCUAGACCGGUUUUUAAAUGAUAGUUCUUCUUCAUCAGUGAGUUUAUCAGGUUUGCUAAAUUUCAUGGAUGGAAUAGUAAGUUCAUGCUCGGGCGAUGAGAAAAUUAUGGUUUUCACGAUGAACUAUAAAGAAUUAAUUGAUCCCCCAGUUUUAAGACCUGGACGAGUUGAUGUUCAUAUAUACUUUCCGCUUUGUGAUUUUAAUAUGUUUUUGACUUUAGCUGAUACUUACUUGGGAGUGAAAGAUCAUAAAAUGUUCCCUCAUGUAGAAGAAACUUUUGAGAUAACGGGUGCAACACUAAGUCCUGCAGAGAUAGCUGAGCUAAUGGUUAUGAACCGGAGUUCGCCUAGCAGGGCUUUCAAGUCGGUGAUGACUGCUUUACAAAUCAACAAAGUUGCUGCUUCUAGUAAGUUACAGGGAAGGUGGAUAGGUGAUAGCAGUGAUCAGUCCGAAAGUAGCAGUGGUAUAUUGAAUUGGAAGGAUGUUAGUUCCCCUGCAAUCAAAGAAAUUCGGAAAUUUUACGGUGUACUGAGCGCUAAAAUAGGGGAUACUUAAUUCAACACGAGUAAUUACAUAUUAUUUGUUUGUUGUAUUCGUCCUUUGGCUUCACAUAUCUCUCAACUGUAAGUGAUGAUCAUGAAAAUUAUAUAUGCAUGUAAUU